UUUAAAUUAGUAUCAGUUCCAGGUGAUGCAUAUUGUUCUAAAAAUGUGCAAUAACAAAGGCAUUCUUCUGUUUGGGCCAUAUGCUGUCCUCGGGGUAUAUAACCAUUUUUUUACGUCUUAUUUACUUCUAUAGGCCUGCAGAAAAUCUGGGGGAGGAACGUGGUUGUUACAAGAUUACAUCAACGUUGGUAAAUGUGAGACGGUGAAGCUCGGGUGUGGCCAUUGUAGAAAAGAAUUGUCGCAACCUGCCCUAAGCGGUAUAUAGCUUUGUGAGUUUAAAUGUAGCAUUUAGUAAGCAUGCUUUGGUUUGGACUAGUUGGAUUUUAGGACCCAGGGGAAGCCGCAGAGCCGAAGGCUUGGGGGGGGGGGGGGAUAUGCAGUGUAAGCAUUUCUGGACGCUGCGGCCCCAGCAGAUUAUUUGGGGCCAGAUCUGAGCCCGAUACGUGGCCGGGCUAGCAUGGCGUCGGUGUGGAACGUGACUUUGGAUGGGAUUGUUUUUUUCGCCUUGAAAUGGGGCCACUUGGCCUGUCGCUUGACUCGGAUCUUCAGGAGGGUUUGUGGGGUGGCGGUGCUACAGACACCCAAGUGUGCACUAGUCUGAUAGGUUUCGAUUUAUAUUUUUCGUCGUUAUAAACACAGUGCCGUUAAAGUGUCAGUUAAUCCGUACAGAUGACGCGGUAGGUUAAGCAGGCAUCUUCCCGUCUUUGGCCUUGCGCCUUUGUGCCUCCAAGCUAGGGCCUGCAUGUUUUUAUUUUCUUUACACAGUUGUUGAGGAAUGGACUAUGCGGGGUGUUAAUGGCACAUAAUGAUUUAGUUAUUUCUCCUUAUCAUCAGUAAUGUGAUGUUUCUUUAAGGCCAGGCGCCGGUGUGUAAUCGUCAGUAACGUCGUUACAGCGGAGCGAAGAAUUAAAGUUGCCCAGUUUUUGCUUGAUAUUUAAUGUGAUGAAGUCAAGCAGCAUGCGAUCUAGUAGAUACCAGUUGAUAUACAGGCGACUCUCAAUUGAUACAGCGAUCGAUACAAAAAAGUGAGUUAGAGUAUAUAAAUUUUUAAAUGUAAUACUAGCAUGUCGCUCUACAUUUAAUUGCGAGAUAUAUAAGUAGAAUAAGUCUGGCGCAAAGCUGACAACGCCCAUUGCUCAGAAACAGGCUGAUCCGCGGCGAAGAAAUCGCUACUUUUGCGUUGCUGUGGUGACUUUGUGUCAAACAACUGUUACAUUCUUUUUCGUUACGAUGGAAGUUCCGGAAAACGAGAUUGUAGACUGCGGAGAGCAGGUACCGACAUUGCGCGCCCAGAACGGCUCGGUCUUGGUUGCAGACCGCAGUAACAUUCAGCCGCCGUGGGGCGUGCUGAUCGCCGCGGUUCUGUACUGCGCCGAGUUCGUCAGCGCCGCCGUGCUCUGCAGCUACUACCAUGAAAGUCACGACGACUUCUGGGUGGGUCUGACCAUUACCUUCGUCCUGGUGCCGUCCGUCCUGACGCAGCUGGCGCUGACAUUCAUCCACCGAGACCUGGGGAGAGAUCGCCCCCUCGUUCUUUUCCUUCAUCUUCUCCUGAUGGGUCCUCUUAUCAGGUGUGUUGAUGCCCUGGUGAUCUACUGCCAGGCAGGCAGGGAAGAGGAGCCUUACGUUACCAUCUCCAGGAAGAUCCUCUUGAAGAACGGCCGGGGCACACUCACGGAGUGGGAGACGGGUCACUCGGAGCGCAAGCUGGCCGUCCACCGCAACGCCUUCAAGCGCACUGUGCUUAUCCAGGCAUUCCUGGGCUCCACUCCACAGCUAACGCUGCAGCUGUACGUCAGCAUACAGGAGAAGGAGAUGCUCCCCUCUCGAGUUGUCCUGAUGGUCAUAACCCUCAUCUCCAUCAUCUACGGUGCACUGGUCUGCAGUGUCCUGGCCAUCCAGAUCAAAUACGAUGAUUACAAAGUGCGGGUACGGCCCGCAGCCUAUCUCUGCAUGGUCCUGUGGAGGGGGCUGGAGAUCAGCGUCCGUGUGACGGCUCUCGUGCUCUUUAGCACGGCGCUCAUCCACUGGAUGGCACUCGUGGCACUGGGCAACCUGUUCUUCUUCCUCUUCCUGCCGUGGGUUGAUUUCUGGGUGAGGAGGGCCUCCCUGCCCGAGAACGUGGAGAAGAACUUCAGCAAGGUGGGCACCACGGUGGUGCUGUGCAUGGUGACCCUCCUCUAUGCCUGCAUCAAUAUCUUCUGCUGGUCGGCCUUUCAGCUGGACCUGACCGACAGGGACCUGAUCGACAAGCGGCCGCGCUGGGGCUGCCUGGCCAUGUACUACUGCGUGCGCUUGGCGGAGAACCUGAGCCUCAUCGUCCUGUGGUAUUUCUUCAGGACGGACUUCUACGAGUAUGUGUGUGCACCGCUGCUGGUGGCUCAGCUGCUGGUCUGCUACGGCAUGGCCGUGCUCUUCAUGCUGCUGUUUUACCAGUACUGCCACCCCUGCCGGAGCCUCUUCCACCACAACGUGGCAGACUGCCUGGCCUGCGUCUGCUGCCGGCGCGACCUGGAGGUGCAGCCCAAGCCGGUGAGCCUGCAGGCCCGACGGCGGCCCGACCUCACCAGCCAACUGGGCGAGCGCGAGACCGCCAUAACGGACGACAUCAUGGACGCGGCCUGAGAAUGUGCCUUUGCCGUCGGCUAGGAGACUUAUUGGCGAUCUGCCCUGGACCGUUCGCCGCGAGAUUCAUGAUGUGGGGCCCAUGACUGAGCCGCCAGCUCAACUUCGCAACACAGAGCCUUGGAACAAUUGGUAAUCCGCUCAGGUGAUGACAAAGCUCAUGGGAGUUCUAUUUACACGAAGAUAUUCUCAGGGCAGAACAAAAAAAUGAUUCAUUCAGAGAGACGACCAAUCAGACUGUAGAGGACGUGGGUCAAUGCAACUAUAGGAGGAGGGACCAACCAAUCAGAUGUCUUGGUCUUCUAGUUUUUUUUGGGCCCACCUCCUCUUUCGCCUGAUUGGUUAUCUUUCGGAACCAAUAAUUUUUGCUUCUGCCCUUGGUGCAAGUAAAACUCCCUCUAACGAUGAAGCUGUGGUUCUGUUCGGGGUUACUUGGUGCACCAUUUUCCACUGUCCGUUAUAAUUUUAAGUAAGAGAGAAGAUGCCGUGAAAGUGUGUCCAAAUGUUAAUGUAAUAUACAUCAGGUCUGUUUGUUGUGCAAAAUGUUCUUUAGGGAACCUAUUUUAGUCAGUAGUGUUAAAAACAUGCGUAAGAAUGUAUUCAGGAUUAUUUAAAAUGCUACACAAGUGUCAUGGUAAGUGGGCAGGAGUGUCGGCUGAAUGCCUGAUGUAUUCAGGUCAGAUACAGCCAGGUGUGGCUGCCUACUUACUGCACUCCUGGUUUAUAUAUAUUUAUCUAUGAACAAGCUGAUACUCAGGGCCAGACUGAGACUUUCUGUAGAGCUGCUCCCCAUUGCUAUUCACCUGCACUUUAAAGCCCCCUGUUUCUAUAGAUACCAAGCAGGCUUAUCGGUAUUUGCACCCCGCUGCCUGCAGAUCUUGUAUGCAAUGAACGUUUCAGACGCAGUCUCUUGCCUUAAGCGCAGAAUUCACGCGGACAAGUGACAGCUGUUUACACACGUCGGCGAUUUGCGACGCCCCUGCCUUAAUUCACGGCGUUAAGAUUACGGAAGUAACCGGAACUGAAGCUGCAAUACUGGUGUGUUUGGGAGGAGAUGGGGGAUCCUGAAAUGCCUCCAGGCUUGGAUCACCCACACUAGUCGUGUGUGUGUGUGUGUGUGUGUGUGUUUUGGUGGUGGUGUUUUGGUUUAUCCAGAAGUGCCUGUUUGCCUUUUGUGUUUUAAAUAUGUGCCUGUUUAAAUAAACUAUUCCCUUCGCGAA